AUGAAGAUCGCGAUCUUUGGAGCCACCGGCAGAACCGGGCGGGUCACGCUGGGGCUGGCGCUGGAGCAGGGUUUCGAGGUGACCGUGCUGGUCCGGGACCCCUCCCGGCUGCCCCCCGGCCCCUCCCCCUCCCGGGUGGUCGUGGGGGACGCUCGGGACCCGCGGGCGGUGGCGGAGGCGCUGCGGGGCCAGCAGGGGGCGCUGAUCGUGCUGGGCACCGGCAACGACCUCGGCCCAACCACGGUGAUGUCGGAGGGCACCAAAACCAUCCUGGAGGCCGCGGCCGAGCACGGCGUGAGCAAGGUGGUGGCGUGUCUGUCCGGUGAGAGACGUCCCAAAAUCACCCCAAAUCACCCCAAA